AUGGCCGACAUAAUCCCGCUUCUGGCGAACGCGCCGCUCGCCUUGAUUAUCGCCUUCGUCAUCGUGAUUUGGCUCAGAUCAGCCAACGCUCAACGCCUCGCCUCUUACAUCGCGAUCGUCUGGUCUCGCGUUUGCGACAGAUAUUUUCGGUGUCUCGGUCGGGCUCGCCAAGCACCCCCGGCCGACGACAUCGAAAUGGCCUCCCACCCGGUCGAGCAACUGGCCGCUGAGAUGUUGCUCGAACGGUUCCAGGACUUCUGCCGGCAACAGGCCCAGGAUGCGAUGGAGCGACGAGGCCGCCCGGUGGUCCCGACGCCCAUUCAGUUCGCGGACGCGGGGACCCAGACACAAGGGCAACUGGGAACUUCACAAUCGAUUGGCGAGACGGUGACAAACGGUCGGGGCUUGACGCCUGCGAGGAUCUGGAGAUGGGCUGGUGGGAACUCGACAAUUGAUUGGCAAGACGGUGGCAAACGGUCGGAGCUUGACGCCUGUGAGGAUCUGGAGCUGGUCUGGUGUGGUUGA